UUCACAGUAACAUUGACCUAUAAUAUACACCUACAAUAUACCUAUUGAUUUAUCGGAUUUUGGGUAAUACACGAUGCUGGUAAUGUUGGUAUACACGAGGAAUAACUAAAAUUGGUUGAAGUUUACGAGGUUUAUUUUGUUGUUACAAUAAAUUAAACCAGUAAAAGAAGUCUAACUCAAAUUAUUACCAAACAUUUUAUAAAAUACACAUAUUAACUAUGGCUUCAAAGAAAAAACCACAGUUACCUAAAUCUGUUUUGGAUAUGAAAUUUAUGAAGAAAACCAAAGAUAGAAUAGAAAAAGAGUUAGAAAAUACUCAAGAUAUUGAAGAUUUAUAUUCCAACGUUAUAACGAGUGAAAUGCGACAUGCCUCCGGCAAUUACAUAUCAGAGUCUAGUUUUAUUUAUUGUGAAGAUUUAAUAGAAGGAAGACUUUCAUUUAAAGGUAUGAAUCCGGAAAUAGAGAGGUUGAUGGCAUUAGAAUAUAAGAAAGAUGACGACAUGGGUGAAAUGAAAAAGGAUAUUUCAGAUGACAUUUUAUCUAAAAAGAUGGAAAGUUUUCACAAACGCAAAUGGUGUUCAAGUCCAAGUGAAUGUACCAUUAAAAAGAAAAAGAUUAAUUAAUUUUAUGUACAUAAAUUUACUUUAUAAGAAAUUAAUAUCCAAAUACCAUUGUGUAUCAAAAAUUGCUAUUAUAGGUUUAUUAUGUAUCAAAUGUA